AGUGUCUAGUGAUCAGCAGUCUCUGCUGUGCCUCCUUCUUCAUCCAGGUCUCCUGUGUGGAUCAUCAUGACUCCAGCAUCGCUGCAGCUUCUCAGCUUUCUUUAUUGACUUUCACUUACUUUUGGCUGCACAGAUUUUUUAUUUAAAUUUUUUUUUUUGCAUUUUUUUUUUUUAUAUAUUUUUUUUAUUUUUAUUUUUUUUACUGCAUCCUCUUCAAAAACUACUGGUUAAAAUUGCAAUCCACAAUGACUGGAGUGUUUGACAGCUUAGUGUCAGAUAUGCAUUCGAACCAGAUGACCUCAAAUAGUUAUCACAGCCUUCACAAGUCCCAGGAGUCCCCCACCCUGCCUGUGUCCACAGCCACUGACAGCAGCUACUACACAAACCAGCAACAGCAGCAGCAACAGCAACACUGUGGAGGGGGGUCUCCCUAUGGACAGAUGGGAUCCUACCAGUUUCACAGCAAUGGCAUCAAUGGUAUAUCCUACCCUGCCAAGUCCUACGAUCUGACCUCCUACAAUGGCUCCUACAGCUCCUAUGGACCCUAUGGAACAAGCCCUUCCCCUACUCACAACGACCAAGAAAAAGAGGAGUGUGAGCCUGAGGUCAGGAUAGUGAAUGGGAAGCCCAAAAAAGUUCGCAAGCCCAGGACCAUCUACUCCAGCUUCCAACUGGCGGCCUUGCAGAGGAGGUUUCAGAAAACACAAUACCUGGCACUGCCCGAGAGAGCUGAGCUGGCAGCAUCGCUGGGCCUAACCCAGACACAGGUGAAGAUCUGGUUUCAGAACCGUAGAUCAAAGUUCAAGAAGAUGUGGAAAAGUGGCGAGUUGCCCUCUGACCAGCACCCCACAGACAACGAAUCCCCCACCUGCAAUUCCCCCCCUUCUGCAGUCACCUGGGACUUUGGGUCACAUCAGAGGUUGCAGGGGCCUAACCCAACCCCCAGCAUCCAGCCCCCCAACUCUGGCUCCAGCCCCAGUGCCUUCCUAGGCAGCUACUCCUCCUGGUACCAAACCUCAACUCCAGCCACACACCUGCAGUCCAGUCCAUUACUGCAACAGCAGCACCACCUCCACCAUCACAGCAGUGCAGCUGUCACUGCAGGGACUAUCUUCUAAGGGACUGUGGGGGGUGAGAUGAACACUAAGGAGCACAAUGACUGGGAGAGGUCUCCUUUCUGUGUCACCGAUCACAGGUGGCCUCAGGUUCAUGUCAUAGACUGGUGAUCUGAUCAAUCUAACCCUGGACUCACUGAUGACUGGAGAUAAGGUUGUCUGCUCUCCUAGUAGACCUGAAAUGGAUCUAUGUAAAAAAAAAAAAAAAAAAAAUAGUGGAAUAAGAAAAACGAAAAAAUUCAUUCCAGCAAUUAGGGAUAAAUUGUGAUCUCAAAUCCUGAUUGGGAUUUCUAUCAUUUAUCAUUGUUAUUGAAUCUAAAUGAGCUUUACAGGUUACAGGCUUAGAUUACUCACCAUAAGUGUUCUAUCAUGUGUAGAACUACAAAUGUAAGCAUGCCCUGGCAUUAGCUAGCCUCCCUACCUCUGUUAUGCCACUACUGUGUCCACUAAAUGAAAUGUCAGGAGACAAUCGGCCGUUAUUUUUCUACUACACAUUUAAAAACUUUUUCGUUUGUUUUUGCCAAAUAAAAACGUUAUCACUGUUUAUCUGAUUUGCUACAAUGUAUCAAGUCAGAAAUCCACAACACUCUCCCCUGCCCCUCCUAUAGAGUGUGGAUCACCAGUGCAGUUUUUUUAUUUAAUUAUUUUUUUUUUUUAUACAGGAUUAGGUGCCUUUUUGGAUAACCUCAUUUUUAAUGGAUAAAGAGGAUUUUUUAUAUGUAGAUAUAAGAAAAGAAAAAAAAACACGUGCUUAAAUUAUCUUUUUUAAUGAAUUCUGCAUCGAACCCUUGUAAAUGGCUGCAUCGUCUCUGUACAGUUUCCUUUCCUUUGUAUGAGCUGCAGAAAUUAUUUUUAUUUUUUAGUCUCAUUAUUGUCAAACAUUCCCAAUGUCUAGUGCAAAAAAAAGUUUUUAUCCUGUCCUUGUUUUGCUGUUGUUUUUUUAUUUUUCUUCCUUGCCUCCACAACCAGGCUACUACUGAUUUUAUUUCACGGAACAAAGAAAAGGUUUAUUUAUUUUGGAUACAAUUUAUCCAUGUUGUUAUUAUUAUUAUUAUAAUUUUCUUUAAUGAAAAAAAUAAAAAUAAAAAACA